AUGGGCUCCAUAAGCAAAGCGGGUUUCUCUUCUGAAAAUAAUGCUGAGUCUCCUGAGGAGAGUGGUUGGACUACACACUUUGAUUAUUUCUUUAACAACCAAAAGCCUUCGCCUAUGUCUUCUGAUGUUAAUAGUUCCUCUUCUCUAGUGUCUGAUGCUACUUCUUUGAAUUUGGCUGCCAAAAAAGUAACUUACAGUGAUGAUCAAACUCGUGAGGAGUUUUCUGUGAAUAAAAAUGUCAGCUGUAGAAGGAGUAAUUUCAGGAAGAGGAAGAAAGCCCAAGCAGUUGAUUUGAUUGUUGAUGAUGAUGUGCUUCAAGAUACUGCAAGUUCUCCUCUCAUCAAUAGUUUCAAGGUUAUUUAG